ACUGCGGACUGUGGACAAACAUAACAGUAUUGCACGUGCAAAUCAUAAUCAGCGCCCAAGCGUUUGUAAUUUUACAGUAUAAUUCGAAAUAUAAUCACUUACUGAAUGUGUUAAAAGUUUACUAAUAAUUCAUUGAAUAAUGUUAUUAAAGUCUUCGUAUUAAAAUUGAGGAAACAAGUGUCGAAUUUAUCAAUAUUAUAUAAUGACAAAUCAGAGAUCAAUUUCCUGUGGUCUUGACUUCUGUGCUGCACCAGAUCUUAAUAGUUGUCUUAUUACUGCAAAUUCAUCCAAGUAUGAAUUCGUAUUCAUUCCACUUAUUCAUCCUUUGUACAAAAGAGAAUUCGUUUCUGGUGCUGCAAAAAAACGAAGCGGUCCUUUUACCAGACCAGACAUAGUACUAUGCAGUUCUGACUGGAAUCAUUUAAUUAUUGGAAAAAUAUCACCAUACAUUAGAGUCGAUUCAAAAAAUCCUAUUGUAAAGAGAAACAGUGAGGAGACUUUAAAUCAAGAACUAGCGUUAGCAAGACACUUGGGACUUGUAGGAGUUACCUUUAGAUUGAUGGGUGGAAUAGAACGUAAUGCAAAUCUUGCUAGAAUUAUCUGUGAUAAAGUGUCAAGCACAUGUACUUUACAGAUUUGGAUACAAAUACCUAUGGAAAAUCCAGUUAAACAAGCUUAUUCUUAUAGAAAAGGAGAGUGUAACUCAAUAGAAAACCCAUGGGAAUGGUGGAAUGCCUUCAGAAUAGUUUGCGAUUAUGAUAGAAAGCUAGGUGUUGCAUUAAUUAUAAGCCAUGAUCUUCCUGAACCAGAAGAGAUCGACAGGUGGCUAGGAGAACCAGUUAAAUGUUUGUUUAUACCUACAUCAUUAUUUAUCACAAAUAAAAAGGGAUAUCCCGUUUUGAGUAAAGCCCACCAAACAGUAAUAAAAAAAUUUUCGAUGUUAGAAGUACAAUUUGUACUCACAGGAGCAAAUCGUCAUCAACAUAUUAGUUACUACCACAAUUACUUGGAAUAUUUAUGGAAGAAUUGUCAAGUAAAUGGUACAGUAGAAAGAUUUGCUCGUGGAUAUGAAGAUUACUUACAAUGUCCUCUGCAACCACUUAUGGAUAAUCUAGAAUCACAAACAUACGAGAUCUUUGAAAAAGAUCCUUUUAAAUAUACGCAAUACCAAACAGCUAUUUAUGAAGCAAUUCUUGGAAUUGUGAAUGAUUCACCGGACACAACGGAUGAUGAGGAUAGAAAAAUAGUAAUUAUGGUGGUCGGUGCUGGAAGAGGGCCACUUGUUUUCGCAUCUUUAAAUGCCGCGGAAAUGGCAAAUCAGAAGGUCAAAGUAUACGCCGUAGAAAAGAAUCCUAAUGCAGUAUUAACUUUACAGGCACUUGAAAGAGAUAUGUGGGAGGACAAAGUAACAGUAGUGUCGUGUGAUAUGAGAGAAUGGAAUGCUCCUGAAAAAGCAGAUAUUCUAGUGUCCGAGUUACUCGGCUCUUUUGGUGACAAUGAACUAUCUCCUGAAUGUUUAGACGGAGUCCAGAAAUUUUUAAAAGAUGAUGGUAUAAGCAUACCGUCCUCAUAUACAUCUUACAUUGCUCCUGUACAAUCCUCAAAGCUGUAUAAUGAAGUAAGAUGUUGUAAAGACAAAGACAAACAUUUCUUAGCACAUUUCGAGACAUCAUAUGUUGUCCAUCUGCAAAACAAAUAUGACAUAGCAAAACCACAGGCAUUAUUUACAUUCAAGCACCCGAAUAAAGUGGAUGUUAUUGAUAAUUCACGAUAUGAGAUCAAGACGUUUGAAGUGCAACAAAAUUCUGUACUACAUGGCUUUUCCGGAUAUUUUGAUGCAGUUUUAUAUAAAGAAAUUAGAAUGAGUAUAGAGCCCAGCACACGCAGUCCUAAAAUGUUCAGUUGGUUUCCCAUAUUUUUUCCAAUUAGGGAACCAGUACAAGUGAAAGCAGGUGAACAAAUAGUGGUUCACUUCUGGCGUCAAUGUAGCUUAAAAAAUGUCUGGUACGAAUGGUGCAUCAGUAAGCCUAUUUCAGGACCUAUUCAUAAUCCUGGAGGACGUUCUUAUACCAUAGGUUUAUAAUUUAGUAUAUCUAUCAUUAUCUCGAAAUUGUGGUAAAAUAUCUUUGUAAUACAUUUCCGACAAGAAUACCAUCAAAAGUUCCUCAUAGGUGCACAAAAUUGUGACAUUAUUUGGAAUUUAUGAUUUUUUAUGCUUUAAAUAAAUAAUGAAUUCUUUAUAAAAAUUA